CACCGCGAGGGCGUAUCACGGCCACUCGUAGUUCUUGGCGGCUUUUUUGAAGAUAAAAACAAACAGACAGGAGGUCCGUUUACGGCUGCGUCCGCUUUAGCACAGCCGAGACAUGAGUCGGGCACCCAGGAACUCGCAGCUCCCUGCCAGGGUAACGGACAGCAGCAGGGUGAAUCUAAUGACACCACAAGGAAAGGACCGCCUGACCUUUGGGAAGCUGAAUUCGGCUAAGACGAUGUCUGCAACCACUGAGAGGAAAAUCAGCUUUUUUGGGAAAAGGUCGAGUGGAGCAGGAGGGUCUCGAAGCAGCCUUUUUGGCACGUUUGGUGCAGUGGAGAAAAUCAAAGAUCCUCGGCCUCUCCAUGACAAGACAUUUGUUCAGCAGUGCAUAAAAAAUCUGUGUGAGUUUCUUAAUGAUUGUGGAUUCCCAGGCUCUGUCACUGUGAAGUCCCUGCAGUCUCCAUCUACAAAAGAAUUUUUAAAGAUCUUCUGUUUCAUUUAUAUUCAACUGGAUCCAAAUUUCCAGGAGCCAACUUCUAAAAUCGAGGAGGAGAUUCCACGACUUCUUAAGGAACUCGGAUACCCAUUUCCUCUGUCCAAGAGCUCCAUGUACUCGGUGGGUGCGCCACACACUUGGCCCCAGGUUCUUGGAUCACUAAUAUGGAUGAUAGACAGCGUACAGGUGUUGAAGUCUUUUAAAGAGCAGGAUUUGCUGUAUCCGGACUUUUCUGAUGGUGAUUUUGAAACGGAAGAUGGAAUUCAAUUUAAUAAG